AAUUUUGCCGCAACCGAAGCCGGUCAUCGCAAGCGUGGUUCGGAGUAGCUCGGAGUUGAUUUUCGGCUUUGGUUCCGAUGCCGUCGUCUAUCACAUUGUGGAAGAAGUGUACAACUAAUUAUAACAAAGGACUGAUUUUCUAACUGCAAUCAUGGACCUUACUGACGAUAAUCUGCUGCAGUUGGGCGAAUAUCUGAAUCAGACUCUGAACGCGGACGUGAAUAUCAGGCGACCAGCGGAGAAAUUUCUGGAAUCGGUGGAAGUCAAUCAAAAUUAUCCUUUAUUACUAAUUCAUUUAUUGGGCAAACCUGAAAUUAACUUGACGAUUAGGGUUGCUGGUGCAGUUGCAUUUAAGAAUUAUGUUAAGCGUAAUUGGAAAGUGGAGGAAGACUCUGUAGAUAGGAUACAUACUCAAGACAGAGAUGCAAUCAAGAAGCUAAUCAUCAAUCUAAUGUUACACUCGCCAGAUUCAAUACAAAAACAGUUGUCUGAUGCUGUGUCUAUUAUUGGAAAGUAUGACUUUCCAAAUAAAUGGCCUGAACUUAUUGAUCAAAUGGUGGAAAAGUUUAAUACGGGUGACUUCCAUAUAAUUAAUGGUGCUUUGCAUACUGCACAUUCCUUAUUCAAGAGAUAUAGAUACGAAUUUAAAAGCGACAGUUUAUGGAGAGAAAUAAAGUUUGUAUUAGAUAAAUUUGCAAAGCCUUUGACAGAUUUAUUCUUAGCUACAAUGAAUUUAACACAAGUGCAUGCCGAUAAUGUGGAAGCCUUAAAAGUUAUAUAUAAUUCCUUAGCUAUCAUAUGUAAAGUGUUUUAUUCUCUCAAUUUUCAAGAUCUGCCAGAAUUUUUUGAAGAUAACAUGGAAGUAUGGAUGCGAAACUUUCAUACAUUGUUAAAUGCCAAUGUUCCAGCUUUGCAAACUACAGGCGAAGAAGAAGCAGGAGUAAUGGAGCAAUUAAAAUCGCAAGUGUGUGAUAAUGUUGCUCUGUAUGCUCAAAAGUAUGAUGAGGAAUUCCAGCCGUACUUACCCGAAUUUGUUAAAGCAGUUUGGGAUUUACUUACAUCCACAGGGUUACAACCCAAGUAUGAUGCUUUAGUUUCAAAUUCAUUGCAAUUCGUGGCCAGAGUAGCUGAUCGUGCACAAUAUAGACAUUUGUUCGAAGAUCCAGCAACACUUAGCAGUAUCUGUGAAAAAGUUAUUAUUCCCAAUAUGGAAUUUAGAGAGUCGGAUAGUGAAUUAUUUGAAGAUAAUCCUGAAGAAUAUAUUAGACGAGAUAUCGAAGGCAGCGACGUGGAUACUAGAAGGCGUGCUGCUUGCGAUUUAGUUAAAGUGUUGUCGAAAUAUUUUGAAGUAAAAAUUAUGGAAAUCUUUGGGGCAUAUAUACAGGUGAUGUUGCAAAACUAUGCUGAGAAACCAUCGGCAAAUUGGCGCAGUAAAGAUGCUGCUAUAUAUCUAGUUACUAGCAGUGCAAGUAAGGCACAGACACAAAGACAGGGAGUUACACAAAGUAGCGAGCUAGUCUCGUUACCACAGUUUGCUGGACAACAUAUUGAACCUGAAUUAGCAAAACCAGAUGUGAACGAGUUUCCAGUGCUUAAAGCAGAUGCAGUGAAAUUUAUAAUGACAUUUAGAUCAGUAUUACCUCGUGAUAUGGUAGUGGCGAAUUUGCCACAAUUAAUAAGACACUUAAAUGCCAGUAGUAUUGUCGUGCACAGUUACGCUGCUUGUGCGAUUGAGAAAAUAUUGGCAAUGAAGGGCACCGACAAUGGACCCAUGGUCAAAGGGAGCGAUCUAUCACCGCUGGCAGCGGAUUUGUUGAAAGGACUUUUCACUUGUAUGAAUACUACAGGCUCUGAAGAAAACGAAUAUGUAAUGAAAACUAUCAUGAGGAGUUUCGGCACUUUGCAAGAAGCUGUAGUGCCAUUCCUGGCCGAUUUACUCCCGAAACUCACUGAGAAACUCGCUAUUGUAUCUAGAAAUCCAAGCCGGCCAAACUUCAAUCAUUAUCUCUUUGAAACCUUAAGUUUGUCCAUCAAAAUUGUGUGCAAAACAAAUCCUGAAGCGGUAUCGUCUUUCGAACAAGCGCUAUUUCCCAUUUUCCAAGGAAUUCUGCAACAGGAUAUACCGGAGUUUAUUCCAUACGUUUUCCAAAUUCUGGCGUUGCUUUUGGAAUUACGAACUACUCAAGAUGUACCGGAGCCGUAUAUGGCUUUAUUCCCAUGCUUGUUAUCACCGGUAUUGUUCGAACGACAAGCCAAUAUCCAUCCGUUAAAUCGUUUGCUGCAAGCAUUCAUUAGCCAUGGCUCACAUCAAAUCGUAGCGCAAGAUAAAACGAGUGCAUUGUUAGGAGUGUUCCAGAAAUUGAUUGCAUCGAAAGCGAAUGAUCACGAAGGAUUCCUGCUGCUACAAAGCAUCAUUGAAUAUUUUACACCAAACGUUUUGGAGCCGUACAUGAAGCAGAUUUUCAUGCUUCUGUUCCAACGGCUUUCGAUAUCGAAGACAACUAAAUUUGUAAAAGGUCUCAUAGUAUUUUUUGCAUAUUACAUCAUUCGAUAUGGAUCGUCGAGCUUGAUCACGAUUAUCGAUCAAAUACAAUCGCAAAUGUUUGGAAUGGUGGUGGAGCGCGUAUUCAUAAGUGAUCUGCAAAAGAUUGCGGGUGAGAUCGAGCGCAAAGUGGUCGCCGUCGGAAUCUCGAAUCUGUUGAUUGAUUGUCCCGCAAUGCUCGAAGCUCCAUACAAUGUGUUCUAUCCUCGCCUGUUGGCUACAUUGGUGGAAUUCUUUGAGCUCCCGCAAGAUCAAAGCUUAUUACCGGAGGACGAUGUAUUCCCGGAAUUCGAUGACACGGUCGGAUACCAGGUGGGCUACAGCCAACUCGUCUGCGCGAGAAGUCCACGAAAAGAUCCCUUGGAAAAUAUCGGGGACAUACGUUUGCAUUUGGCGCAAGGCCUCGGAAGAUUGUCGCCGGGACAUUUGCCAGGAUUGCUGGGCCAGAUUCCUGAGCCGAAUGCGAACCACUUGAGAAAUUAUCUCCAAACGGCUGGGAUUACUGUUGCAUAAUACAAGCCAUAUGUCCGAGAUAGAUUGAAAAUACAUCUGAUAGCUCGAAAAAUAAAUAAUAUCGAACUGAAUAAAUUGUAAUUGAAGCUGGAGAAUCCCUUUUAUACGGUAAUUGUACAAUUCAUGAAAUUCUCUCAACUCAGCCUAUUUGUAAUUCAAGACGUAGGGAAAUAUUUGUACCGUAUGUGCGUUCGUUUUUAUAUUACAACUUUGUUAAUCAUGUAUUAUUAUAAAAAAAAAAA